AUGGCUUCCACUGGCAAUGCCUCCUACAUCAUAGUAGGAGCCGGCGUAUUCGGGACACCGACCGCGCUGCACCUCAUCACCAAGUAUCCCAACGCCAGCAUAGCCCUAGUCGACCGCCACGCCCCCGACGCACCAACGCGCGACAUAUGGCGGACCGAUCCGCUGUGGAAGACCUUCUACCACGAGAGCGGCAUCUACUGGAUCAGCCGGAGCGGGUUUGCGAAGCAGGUCAUCGACAAUUUCAAGCAGCUAGGCCGCACGGCUGAGGUGUAUUCCCUGCCUGUCGCGGAAGCUCGCAAGUUGUAUGGGGGGCUGUUCGACGAGGCGGAUUACACGGGUGUUAAGCAUGUCCUGAUCAACAAGACUAGCGGGUGGGCGGACGCCAAGAGCGCCCUGCAGGCCGUGAUUGAAGAGGCGGUGCGGCUCGGCGUCAAGUACGUGACGGCCGAGGCGGACAAGCUGGAGUUUGAUGAGGAGGGGGGUGGUGCUUGUACGGGUAUACGCACCAGCACGGGGCGAAGCUUGACGGCUACGCAUACGAUCCUUUCGACGGGGGCUUUCACGCCGAAGCUCCUGGAGAAGACGGCUGAUGCCACGGGUCGAGAUGCGUUCAGAGCUGGGGAUCGGAUCGUCGCUGCGGGGGUGACUACGGGACUGGCGACGCUGGAUGAGGAGACGGCGAGGGUGUUUGCGAGUAUGCCGGUUUGUAUCCAGGAGAACCCGCCGGAGCGAGGCGCAAGCAACGGAACCCUACCGUUGAACAAAGACAGGCAGUUGAAAUGGUGGGGCCAAUACAUAUUCAGGAACACGCAGGAGACGCCAGCCGGACGCCAGAUCUCAGCGCCGCCCCCGGAUCCUGACUACGCACAAUGGGACGUCCCCGACGUUCUGAAGAAGGACGUCGGCUUCGCCAACCGAGUGACGUUUGGCAAGCGCGGCGCGGCGGACGCCGUCACGCCAAGCGAGGACUUCAUCAUUUCGCCACACCCGGCGGCGUCCGGAGGAGGCCUCUACGUGGCGACGUGCGGCUCGUUCCACGGGUGGAAGUUCUUCCCUGUCAUUGGCGACUAUGUCGUGCGCAUGCUGGAGGGCGAGCUGGAGGCUGAUCUCGUGGAGAGGUGGGCUUGGGAUCGUGCGUUGCCGGAUCCGAGGGGGAAUGUGGUCUGGCCGAGGAAGGAGUUGAAGGACUUGCAGUGA